UCCAUGUGAUGAGAGCAGCGAGAGCAGUGCAGUGAAGAGUUUAACACCAUACAGAGCUAGAUCAGGCUUUUGUAAGUAUGCGGACCAGUAGUGUGUAUGUGUGAUUGGAGAGAGCGGUGUGUGUAGUGGAAGCAAUGACUUGAGCAGUGAGAGAGUGACCGUUAUAUUUACAUGGUUCACGUGUCAGUGAUGCACACGCAGGGCUCAUGGAAGCCUCAACGGGCAGCACAGCAGAUCUGCCAGAAGCAGAAUGCUCGGCGGUGGCCAGCGGGUUGCCGUUCUGCGCCCAGGAGGAGCAGGAGUCUCGUCUCGGCCUGCUAAGCGUCGCUGAGCUCAGUUUGGGCCUGCAGUCGCUUAGUCAGUCCUGCUGGGAGCAGCCCUGGGACUACACUGAAUGUAAACUUCCAGCCAGGCCCAGCUCUCCUGAAAACUUGUUGGGGCUCUGGCCGAGUCCUUUCAGCAGUGCUCUGGACACUCUGCAGGGUUUUCAGAGACAAGAUCCUUUGGGUGGAGGUGACCUUUUGGAAUAUUUUCCCGACCUGACUCGUAUUACGGAGUCCCUUUCGCUGCUAAACUCAGGAUCUAGCAGUCCUGUCGACUCUGAGACCAGCGGGAUCUCGUCUGGAUCUGAUCACCUGACCAGUUUACAGAUCUCACCGCUUAUGAAAUUCCACCUGUUUGACACUCAGAAAGAGGCUUUGUUGCCUAGCCUAGAGCAGCGAGAAGACCCCAUCUCUCCUCUCGCUCCCACCCUCCCUGCUGUACUUGAAGAGUCGCUGGCUAAAUGCUGGACCAGAAAAUCCCCCUGGCCUAGCUGGAGCUCGCAAAAUGCACCAGAGCAGACGUUCAGCAUUGAAAUGAAGGCUCAGCUGCACAGACAGGCCGCAGCAACAAAUGAAGCCACUUGUACCUGGGCUGGACAGCUGCCUCCACGCAUCUACAAAAACCCCAUCUACUCCUGUAAAGUGUUCCUGGGAGGAGUGCCAUGGGACGUCACAGAGAGUAGUCUUCUGAACACAUUUAGUGUGUUUGGACCUCUAAAAGUGGAUUGGCCUGAUAAGGAUGGUAAACACUCUCAAUGUCCACCUCAAGGUUAUGUGUACCUAGUUUUUGAUUUGGAGAAAUCAGUGAAGGCUUUGCUGCAGGCCUGCAGCCACCAUCACCUGCAUCCCACAGAUCACCUGGAGUACUACUACAAGAUUUCUAGCAAGAAGAUACGCUGUAAGGUGGUGCAGGUGAUCCCAUGGGUGAUCACAGACAGUAGCUUUGUGUGUUCCCCCUUACUGCGGUUCUUCCCCAGUAGAACAGUGUUUGUUGGGGCUCUGCAUGGCAUGCUGACGGCUGAAGCUUUAGCUCACAUCAUGACGGAACUCUUCGGGGAGGUUGUGUAUGCCGGGCUUGACACAGACAAGCACAAAUAUCCAAUAGGGUCUGGACGUGUGACAUUCAGGAACCAGAAGAAUUACCUAAAAGCACUGACUGCUGCAUUUGUGGAAAUCAAAACUACUAAAUUCUCCAAGAAGAUUCAGAUUGAUCCAUACCUUGAUGACUCCAUGUGCCAAAUUUGUAAUUGCCAGCCAGGCCCAUUCUUCUGUAGAGAUCAGACUUGCUUUCGGUACUACUGCCGCUCCUGUUGGCACUGGCGCCACUCAGCAGACACGCUGAGUACUCACCGGCCACUGAUGCGCAACCAGAAGAGCCUCAACCCAAACUAAACAGCCGACGCAAGCUGUAAUUCAGCUGCUAGCCCACAGGUUUAUGGGAUGACCCGACCCACAGGGGUCUGACUGUGCCAUCUUUUCUUCAGCGCAUGUUGCUGAGACAGAGAACAACUGUAGAAAGUUAAUGUGUUGCACUGCUUUCUCUCUUUUUGCUGUUUACAUGUUAAUUAAGGCACUAUGUAGAGUGACAUGCCGUAUGAUAGUGGCCCAUUUACCUGGGCAACCAUCACCAUGGAGAUAAUCCCAUAUUUCUGUGGGUGGUGAAUAGAAAAUGCCUGCCUGAGUUUAAGAGUUUUUAUUUUCGUGUUUGAAUCUUUCGACUAUGUGGCAUCUGUAUUUUAUUAUUAUUUAUCAUGUAGCUUUUCUUUAGUUUAUGUGUUAUAAGUAUUAUUAAUUAUAGGUUAUAAGACACUUUUAUCUCAUGAUUAAUUUAUGUAUAUUUUUAUUUACACACUCCUUUUUCUGGCUUUACUGGAAUAAGAUGUGGAUCAUUUCUAACUACCCAGAGUAGGUUCUUUUGUUUUACUUUGAAUGCAGCAGCCUUAACCAUCCCAUAUUUUGCUGCCAUUACUGGGUUAGGAACAGUUAGAUUGUGGACUGUACAUAGUUUUAAUCGAAUUGUUGCACUUUCUUCCUUUGCACUGCAGGGAAUGGGAAAAAUUCUAGUUUUUAAAUAUAAUGUUGUACAAAUGUUGAAUGGGGAAGUCGUUUAAGCAUGAUCUUUUCAUUUACUGGUACUGGUUCUGUUCCUAGUGAAUUGAGCUAACUGGUUUAAGGCCUAAUGACUGUAAACCAAUCUAGAUCUGAUGCAGUUUUAACUCCCUUUUUUUAAUUUCAGGUUUAGGGCUCUGUGCCAAAGAAAGAUCUAGUCUCUCUCUCUUUCUCUCUUUCUCUCUCUCUCUCCUUUGUUUUUAAUUAGUUUGUUGUGCUGAGCUUGUUGCCUGGUCCAACUUCUUUUUUAGAGUCUAAAUAUCUCUACCUCAUUGGUCUUCGAGUGUUGCCAUGGUUACAUAACUUGGAGGUUGUUCCAGUUGGGCACAAUAAAGUUGUUGAAGCAUUA